UUUUAAGACCGGAAAACUACAAUAAACGCUUUUAUUCUGAAACAGGAUGUACCUUAGCUAUGUAGUUUACAGUAAGAAUUGACGGAAAUUAAAUCCGCCACUGGCUUUCUAGUCAUUUUCCUCAUGAACGAAUUGAAACGAGCAGCAAGGUCAAGGCCCUGAGGGGGAGAUGACAAAGGAGGAUGUUUCGGAGCCUGUCCAGGGAGACACUGUGCUGGGCUGGGCCUCUUCCCAUCAGCGUCCGGUUAUCCACCAGGUGGCCUCUGCACCCAUGCCCAGUGACUGUGAGUUCUCCUUCUUUGACCCCAGUGAGCCGCAGUGCAAGGAGGUUCUUCUGGAUCCCAGCACCACCAUACCAGAGCUGUUUGCGGUCCUCAGGCAGUGGGUGCCCCAGGUUCAGAAGAACAUUGACCUCAUCGGCAAUGAGAUCCUAAAGAGAGGCUGUGGUGUGAAUGAUCGAGAUGGUCUGACAGAUAUGAGCCUCCUGCACUACUGCUGCAAGGCCGGGGCCCCGGGCAUCGGUGAUGCAGAGACAGCAGCCAGCUUUGCCCGCCGGCUCCUUGCCCUGGGUGCUGAUACCAGCCUUCGCUCACGCUGGACUAACAUGAGGGCCCUGCACUACGCUGCCUACUUCGACGUGCCCCAGCUUAUCCGGGUGGUGUUGCAGGCCUCCCAGCCUGGAGAGGUAGAUGCCACCUGUAGUGACUUUGACUUUGGCACCGCCCUACACAUUGCUGCGUCCAACCUGUGCAUGUCAGCUGUCAAAUGUCUCUUGGAGCUGGGAGCCAACCCUGCUUUCAGAAAUGAAAAAGGGCUGCGCCCAGCAGACGUGGUGCCUGACCCCCUCGACAUGCCCUUGGAGAUGGCAGAUGCAGCCGCCGUGGCCAAAGAGCUCCGGACUUUGCUGAGACAGGCUUUACCCAGACCCAGCUCCCCUCUGCCCCUCACACUGCAAGCCCAGUCACUUCCUGCUGUCUCCGAAAAGGCCAGGAUACAGCUUGCCGCCAUGGGAAUCCGACUAGGUGACCGUGUGGUGAUUGCUGGACAGAAGGUUGGAACCCUGCGAUUCUGUGGCAGCACUGAGUUCUCUGGAGGCCUCUGGGCCGGAGUGCAGCUUGACAAACCAGAGGGGAAGAACGAUGGCUCAGUAGCGGGGGUUCAGUAUUUCACCUGUCGAAUGAAACAUGGAAUCUUUGCUCCCCUCUCAAAGAUAAGCAAACCUUUGGAAAGACAUAAAACCAGCACCACAAAGACGUCUACACCCAUACGCCCCCCUCGUCACAUUGACCUGUCCCGCGUCACCUCCAAGAUAAACACAGAUAUACAAGAACAGUAUGUCCAGUCUUCAUCUCAACAGUGUUACAGCAAGUACAUCAGUUUAUCUCCAUCUGUCAAAACAAUCCUUGAUAAUCAAAAAAGUCGACCUGGUCCUAAUCAGGGCACAGAGGGAGACGCCUCAGUGACAAAGACAGGUGUUCUCUCCCGCUCUCUCUCCUCUUCGUCCUCUUCACUGGACUCUCGGCAUGGGCCAGGCGCCCGACCUCGUCCACUGCCAAGGCAACGUCUUCCUGCCAGGCAGCGAAGACAACGUCUUUCCCUGAGUCCCAGGACCACGCCCUCACCGGCCCUCCGUUCUUCUCCUGACACCACUGCACUUACUACUGCAGGUCUUCGAAGUCGAACCCCCUCAGCUAGUAGCUCUGUGUGUGGGGGCCCCGAGGUGCGCCUGGGGGAGAGGGUGCUGGUGGUAGGCCAGAGAACUGGUGUAGUCCAAUUCUAUGGAAAGACCAGUUUUGCUCCAGGCCUCUGGUUGGGCAUUAAACUGGACAAGCCAAGUGGUAAGAAUGAUGGAUCAGUGGGAGGAGUGAGGUACUUCAGCUGCCCACCAAAGCAUGGCGUCUUUGCUCCUCCGUCUCGUGUUCAGAGGAUCCAUGGAUCUGUUGAUUGCCUUUCAGAGCUCUCCUCCUCACGCCUCAGUCAUCCUUUCAGCGGGACAAUCCGUCGCAGUUUCAGCACAUCAUCGGCCAUUGCCACUCCGAAGGAGAUGAGCAGAAGAAGUCCUGUUACCAGAAGUCGUUCCAAUCCUCACCAUCGGCGCUGGAGCACCCUCAGCAGUGGUAUGGGCGGUGUUCCCGGGAGUACGGCAGGGUCCAGCCCCUUGCCCAGCUCAGACGGACAGGUCUGCCUCCACGUGGGCAUGCAGGUCCUGCUCAGCAGUGCCAAUGAGAUGGCGUUCAUCCGUUACCUGGGCACAGCGGACUUUGCCCCGGGCCUUUGGCUGGGACUGGAGCUCCGAAGCCCCAAGGGCAAGAAUGACGGCUCUGUGGGUGGCCGCCGUUACUUCACCUGUCGACCCGGCCACGGUGUGCUGGUCCGCCCCAGCCGAGUCACCUACCGUGGCAUCAACGGUUCUCACUUGACGAAUGAAAACAGCUGAGGACUGUAGGAACCAGAGUGGGGUGGGUUGGGAGGAAUAUUUGAGCUGUUUUGACUUUCUGUUUAUGAUCUUUUCAAAGCAAAAGUUUUAAGUUUAAACUUCUCUUCUUUCUUCUUUUUGGCAUAACACAUUAUUUUCUCAUUCAUAUAAUUAGUCCUCUGUACUAGUAGUAAAAGCACUUAUUAAUAGUUCAAAUUUAAACUGCUAGAUUUAGUUUUUGGAAAAAAACAAGGGCAAAGAAAGCACUUUAUAAAAUGAUCUUUAAAUUCUUGUUAGAAUUUGUCUUCGCAGGAUGCAGGGGGAUAAAGUCUUAAGGCAUAAAACACUGCACUACUUUUAAUCUGAUUGCACUGACAAACAUCAAUAUGAUAGAUCAGAAUAAGAUAAAGUGGAUGGUAUGGAUGUCUACACAUGAAAACUAUUUCUAUACCCAAAGCUAAUUUUGAUCAGAUCAAAUAAAGAUUUUUAUCAGAUAAUUUAGGUGGUAAUGUAGCCUACUCUCUAACCAAAAGUGUGCAUGUGUUUGUGAUUAUGUCUGCAUGUGUCUAUUAGUUAAGAGCACUUUGAAACAAGAGAGAUUAACUGAUUUCUUUCCAGGGUUGUCAUGUGGCUUACAGAUGGAAGUUGGGUCAAGACUGUAUUUUCACUUCAAUCUGAAUUAAACAGGAUUUAAUUAAGCCGAGACCUCUAUCAACCUUCCAUCAGAACUGCACAUACAGAAGUUGUUUCCUCCUACGUACAUCGCUCUCUGCCGCAGACUGUCUACUAAGCCUACUUGGAUAAAUGAUGGUUAUAUUGUGCUAUGGGCAGCAAAAAUCCUACCUGUUGCCCCCUUGGCUAUGAUUCUGUUAUGGUUAGCAGCAGACUGUUGGCAGUGAUUUCUUUUAGGUCUAUUAAAAAACACACUGAAGUUCCCAUGAUGAAUAUAUUAACUUGAGCUGGAAACACACUUGAUGAUUGAAAGGUGAUUGAAAGCCUGAUUUGUGUCAGGGUUAAGGAUUCAAACCUCUUUUCCUCUGACUGAGCAUCAGAGCUGUCACAAUAGUGUCACAGUUUCAAUUUUUACAACCUGAAUUUGGAAAAGUCUGAUAGUUUGAAACGGCAUGUAGCAUCAGACCUGAUGGCUUUUCAGUACAGUUUGGUAUCAUUACAUUUGUUGAAGACCACAUUUCAGAAUAUUGGGUCUGGCACAUAGACUGUAUAUAAAGAUGGACGACGUGUCUCCACUUCCUCCCACUGUACAAAAACAAAGCCAAAAUAUCUCGGAUAUGGGAGCUGCCAUCUUGCGCUGGUGACGUUAAUUGGAGCCAUAGUCUGCGAAGCCAACUCAAUCGUGAGCCAGCCUCAGCUGUCAAUCAUGACGUGAAACCCUGUUUUUACUGCAUCAAAUAACUACUGAAAACCAAAAUUAUCAGAAAAAUGAACACUUCAACACACAUCAGCAUGAUAAGAAUGACCUAAAAUGACAGAAAGCAUCUUUGGGAAAAAUUUAUUUGACGUGUACUUGUACUGAUUUUGUAGUUUGGCCCAUCUCCCAUCCGCUAACAUGGAGGGGGCGGGGUUUAUGACCUAUACUGCAGCCAGCCACAAGGGGGCGAUCGAGAUGUUUUGGCUUCACAUUUAGGGAGCUGUCAUGUCGGCCAUCUUUAUAUACAGUCUACGGUGUGGCAUAAUUGUAUUUGACGCUUAAUUAAAGCAGCUUGACACAGGAAAUAUGCAAUCACCAGAAGUUUCAAGGAUAGAGCUUGCUAUUUGAUUAGAGCCGUCUGGGCAAGUCAGCAGAGAACAAGCCAUCGAUUGUGCAUGUGGAAAACAGGCCCACUAUUCAGUAAAACACUCAUGCACCAACCAAUUAGGGCGUGUGGGCCACAACAGUAGCUGUAGAAUCUCCAAUGGCCUUCUCUCAUUGAUCUGUCUGGUCAGCCCCCCCCUGUGACUGAAAAGCAGUGGUGGUCAAAGUCCAAGGUUGUCUGAAAUAUCUGCCACAGAUCUAACAGAUGAAACGAGUGAGCGUUUUAAAAGCGCAGUCUUUCCAAAUUCCUAUUGAAACAUUUUAAUCAACACUUUCGUCCUUUAAAAAUAGUUUCUCAGUUGCAAGGCCAUCUCUGUGAUCAUUAUUGUGGCAUUUGUUAGUGUUCCACAUUUCAAAUCUCAUCUUUAGAUAAACUCACAUAUUUUGGUGCAUCUGCAAUCCCAAUUGUAUUACAGCAGUGGUUUCAAAUUCCACUGAUGGGUAUGAAAGUCUUUUGGCACUGUGUUCUUGUGGGUAUUUUUUUUUCUUUUUCAUGAAAUUCCUGAUAUGUAUAUUUGAAGUAUGUGUGUGAGAGAGGGAUUUGGUCUGAUGCAUUUACAUGUUGUGGAAAAUAACAGUAUUUGUAAAAAAGAAAAUAAAAGAUUAUAUUCUAAUUUGA